AUGAAACUCAUGCAGGCCUCGGAAGACUUGCUGAAGAAGCAUUAUAUAGCCCUCUGUGAUCGCCCCUUCUACAGCCACCUGUUGGAGUACAUGAGAUUGGGUCCUACUGUAGCCAUGGUCUGGCAGGGGCUGGAUGUGGUAAAGAUGGCUCGUACAAUGAUUGGAGAAACUAAUCCUUCCGAUUCCAGACCCGGAACCAUCCGAGGGGACUUCUCCAUUGAAGUCAGCAAGAAUGUGAUUCAUGGCAGCGACUCGAUCGAGAGUGCCCGGCGGGAGAUUUUGCUCUGA